ACUUAAGCUAAAGUUGUUCUACUCAAGAAAACAGCAACUCAAAAUGAAGGUACUUGUUGUGUUUCUUCCACUGUGGGGGUUGAUCCAAGGACAGAUGAGUGGUCCACUACCUGACAAUAGCAACGUGCGAUUCUUCAGUGAUAUUGAACAUGAAUACGACACUUUGCCACCAUGGUCCGAGCCAGCGUACGGUGGGCCGAUUGCCCUCGGUACCCUAGGAAAUGCCCUGGGGCCGGUACCCAUCGGCGAGUCGCCCUCGAGCACCAAGCCUCCUGGUGGCGCUGGAGCAAUGGGUGACCCUCAACUUCAACCCGUGGAGGGUGCCAAUGCCGACCCGGGUAAAUCAGGCGGUUCGUCAAAUGGCCUGGCAGGCUUCGGAGGCCACGACUAUUUCAACGGUGGCCAGUCACCGAAAGCCCCGUCAGCUGGUAACACGGACACGAAAUCAGGACGGAAAAACAAUGGAUUCGUUGACUUAGACGGUGGUAAAGCUCCGGGACUUAUCGCUGGUGGUGAAUUUGAUCCCAAACUUUUCAAUGAGAAAAUGGAAGCGAACAAAGCGAGAUUCGUAACCGCUGCUAGCACUGCAGUUGGUGUGAUUGUCGCUGUCAUUAUUGUCGUUGGGGUAUUUGCACUUGUGGCCACAAUUCUCGUACGUCAAAGACGUCAACUGCAUUCUAGACUCAUCAUAGGCUCUGCGUAACUUUACGAACUUGCAUGGUGCAUACGAUUUUGUUGACUGAUUAGUGCAUAUUAUCUAGAAGAUGUAUUUUAUAGAACCUGAUAGUUGCAGGAUUAAACAAAAAGUUA